CAGUUAGUUAGUUAGAAUUUGUGUUAUAAUUUGUUAAAAAUGGAAUUAUUUAUACAUACGGUUGGAGUUUUAUUGUUUAUUUGGAUCAUAUAUCUUUGGUAUAUCAGAGCAUUUAUAAAAUUAGCCCAUACAGUAAACUCGAAUAGACUACAUACAUGGCGUGGCUAUGGCAAAUUAUUAACGAGAAAAGAGGGUCUUUUAUACUUUUAUAAUUAUGCCAAUAAAUACGGUCCAAACUGUGUAAUGUGGGUAGGAAUAUGGCCGAUAUUUCUAAGCACUGAUCCAGAAGUUUUAAAGGAUAUCUUCACAUCUAAAAACUGCAUAGAUAAACCAAUCGUAUAUAAAGGAAUUACUACAAUAGCCGGUAAUGGUUUAAUAUCUCAAAAUGAUCCAGAUUGGAGUAGACAUCGUAAAGUACUGAAUAAGGCCUUUUCGCCUACAAUUCUAAAAUCAUUUUUCUCCCUUUUUCACAAAGAGAUUAACAAUGUAAUAGAGCAAAUUGGGAGAAGUCAAGAAAAGGGAGACGACGUUGAUAUGUUGGUAAUAUUUCGUGCCUUAACCAUGAGAAUUGCUUCGAAAACAACCCUUAAAAGAAAUUUGGAACAGACGGAAUUUAAUUCAUUUAUUAUGGCAGAACAUGCUCACUCAUUACUAGAGUUUGUAGCGGAUGUCUGCAUCAGUCAAAUAAUGGCGAUUAAAUGGAUAUGCAAACUGGCUGAGAAAUAUUUGUAUACGACUGCAAGAGAUGGUUUAGCGAUAUUUCGAAGACUCGUCAAUGAAUCAGUGGAUAUUAUACGAAGAAAUGAUACAAAAGAUCCCAGUUAUUUGCCCGAAGUAAAUAGCGUAUUAGAUUAUGCUUUUAUGGGAGUUCAACAGAAUAUUUUACGAUUGGAUGAAAUUGAAAGUCAAAUGACGCAUAUCUUUUUUGGGGCCUUUGAGUCUACAUCUACUACAUUGUAUUUGGUAACCGCAUUACUGGCCAUGCAUCCGCAUUAUCAGGAACGAGCCUAUGAGGAGGUAGCAAGUAUAUUGCCCCCUAAUGACAACGAAAUUACAUUAGAAUUGAUGGAACAAUUGACUUAUGUAGACAUGAUUUUCAAAGAGACAAUGCGACUUUUUCCCGCGAUACCAUUGGUGUUUCGAAAAGUUACCAAGGAGGAUCUUGUACUCAGCAAUGGUGUGAAGUUACCGGUUGGUCUAAUGAUUUGUAUUGACCUCUAUACUUUGCAUCGCAGUAAACAUCUGUAUGGCCCCAAUGCAAACGCUUUUAAUCCCGAUAACUUUUUACCUUCAAAUGUUGCUGAAAGGCACCCAUUUGCAUAUAUACCGUUUACCAAGGGACAAAGAUCUUGUAUUGGUAUGAGAUAUGCUGAAACAUUUUUUAAAAUUGCACUGGCAAAACUUAUAAAAACGUACAAAUUUACAACCGAUUUUAAGUAUGAAGAUAUAGUUUGUGAGAAUCACAUGUCUUUGAAAAUAGUAGAAGAGCCGCGUGUUUAUCUGGAGAAGCGUGAAUAGCAAUAAUAUUUUGUUAAAAAAUUUGGUAAUUUUGGUCCAAAAAACAAUAUACAUAUAUAUGUGUAAUAAAUGGAAAAAAGCUAACUAUAUAUUUUUAUAAAUUAA